UUAUGAGCGAGUGACUAUUAUUGUCGAACAAUACUGCAUUUCAUAUGCCUAUCAUGUUACAUCAAAUGAUUGAACAUUCGUUCAUUAUCACUGCAUACAUUUCAGUUUGUCUUCUCGAUUGCUUUAAUACACAAUCAAAUGUGGCACAUAACUUUACAUUGUUAUCCUUAUGUGAGGAGUGUCCGGAAUGUAAUACAAAUAUGCAUUGUAACUACUCACAAUGGAUAUGCAUAUUGGGACUACCAAAGCUAUCGCUGGCAGAAGACUACUGGUUGGAAACGGUUGAAACGAAAUCAGACUGCUUAAAUGAAUGCCGAUAUUAUCCUCAGUGUAAUCUCUAUACAUAUGAAAUUAACGAACCGAGAUGGUGCGAUCUAUAUUCUGGGUUCAUUGCAAAUAUUACCAUUAAUGUCAAUUCAACUAACUUUAUAACUGGAGGGAGAGUGUGCUGUCAUAAAUCCAAAUCUUGUUUAGAAUAAUAAUAAUACAACCAGUAGAAAAUUGUUUACAUUUUGAAUGAGGACGUUUACUAUUUACUCUCAAAACUGCAAUGGUACAUGUCAUCUGGAAAUAUGCAGUACCCAUGACGAAGUGCUUUACGUGGAUUGGG